AUGUCAAGCAUCAUUUACCGAGUAUUUUUCCGAAAAUCUCCAAAGGUUUCCCUGAGACCGACGAGUAUAGAUCUGGUGGCAGCGAAGGUGAUCCUCCUCCUCGUGACGAACCUGGCCGGAGCGCUGACCCACUACCCGAGUGAGCUGGCCAAGAGGCAGGCCUUCCUCGAGACCAGACAGUGCGUCAAGUUGGGACGGGUUUUGGUUGAGCUGUUCCAAUCUGCUAGGGAUCGACGCUCAAAUAUUUCUAUAGUCAUGAAUCCUGUUUACAUAAGUUCUACCUGCCUCUCGUACUACAGAACGUAUACCAAUCAGAAAGCUUAG